AAAAACAGUUAGUUUACAAAAAAAAAAAAACAGUUGAAACAAAUCAGUUUCAGAACAUAAAACCAAAAGAAAGAAAAUAAUUAUUUUAACUGCCUCAUAUAUUACACCCACAAUCUCCAGCUUAUUAUGUAUUACAUUGGGUUAGUGGUGUAGACGAAUUCAUAUAACAAGCGAGCAAGUGUUUUAUUUAGUUAUAUGUAAUUUUAGUUUGUGUGAGUAUUUAAUCUAACUUCAGUUUGUUAAUUCGAAUCAUGUCUCUAAUAUCUUUUUAAGAAAAUUAAGUAUAUAAUAGAUUUAUCCAGUGCUACGGAGAUACACUAGUUAUUAAAAUAAAAAGCGUUUAAUUUGAAAAUGACACGCAAAAAAAUAUAACAAGCAACAACAAAAUUUGCUAUUACCGAAUGGACUAUCGGUUAUGUUUCCAAUCGCCCCUAGAAUAUAACAAAUAAUGUAUUUAUUAAAAAAAUGUAUAUAUAUUACAAUAUUUUUUCUUAAAUAUGUUCGAUUCGUAAAUAGACACAAUCCAACACAAAAUUAAGAGACAAAGAUAAAAAUAAAUAAUUAAAAAAAAAUACUAAAGAUAAACUUAUAAACCCAUAAAAACUGGGAGAGAGUAUAAUCUUAUAAGAAGUAUAAUUCAAACUGAGAUAGAAAAGUGGAAACCCUACAGCCUCUUAACAAACAAAUCUAUCUGCCAAAACCUUCUCUCGACGUUCUUAGAAAAGUGGAAUCUCUGUUCCAUCAUGGAACCGCAAGCUCCGUCGCUAAACCCAAAGCUCCGUCUGCUCUGUAGCUACGGUGGCCGGAUAACGCCCAUCUCACCGUCAAACUCCCUGGAAUACAUCGGCGGAGAGACGCGCAUCGUCGCCGUUCCACGUGACAUCUCCUUAACCGCUUUCUUCCAGCUUCUCUCCAGCAAGCUUCUCUAUGGCAGCUCCUUCUCCCUCAAGUACAGACUCCCCAGCUGCGACCUAGACUCUCUCAUCACCGUCAAUGACAACGAAGAUCUACAAAACAUGAUCGCAGAGUAUGACUCAGCUAGUCCCCAGCGUAUCCGUCUCUUCCUCUUCCCGUCAAACCACCCCGAAUCAGCAUCAACUCGACAUCCUCUCUCGGUUAACUUGCUUGGACUCGAACCGCCUAUACAGAAAAUAAUCUACACCUCUUCGUCUUCCGUUGUUCCCUUCCCGAUAUUCCCGCAAAAUAAUUGUACGGCGACGCAGCGUGUGGAUCACGGCAAGAUCCAUGCAACGUCGGACGAGGAUCCUAUAACUUCAGCCUCUUUGAACACCGGAGUUUCGGAUAAAGAAACUGAGAGAGAAGAGAUUCAAGAUCAACCACGGAGAAUAGUUAUCCAAGAGCCUUUGCAGCAGCAGCAGCAAUUUUUACCGAUAUUCUACUUACCGGUCUUGCCGAUGCCGCCACAUAUGGUGACUCGUUCAGUGAAUGGUUACGCCUUGUCUCCGGCCAUGGAAUAUUCUACUGGAGCAGAUCCAGUGCUGGAAAAUAAGGAGACGGCGACCUGAGUGGAGUUUCUUCCAUGUCAAGUAAGCUAAUCCAUUUGAGUUUAGGAAUUAACCUUUUAAAUUAGGAUUUGACUUUUGUUAUAGAAUACGAGUAAUGGACAUGUGAACCGAUAUCUUUUGGACUGAUGUGGUUUGUAUCGGAUUUUGAUAAAAGCUAUUAAAUACUUGGGUGGGUUAAUCACUGGAUGUAGAUUUCUAGUUUGAAUGCUUGAAUUUUAUUUACGUAUUCAACUAUAA